CUGAUCCUUCUCGAAAAGCGUAGAAUAUUAACUAGAAAAAUUCAAGGUCUACACAAUUCGUUCAUUCCAUUCAAUGAUCUAUUCUCCCUCGGUUCGUUUUAAGAGUAAACGUUUUGUGAUCGUUGCUCAUCACAGAUUGUAAAUUGUGAUAGUUCGUGGUUGUUCCAGCUAAAUCCAAACUACGAAAAAAUGUAUAAAGUCGCCUUACCUUGGCCUCUGCUGGGGUCACUUGCUGGAAUAUUGUUGUCCAUUUUGGGAGCUUACUGUGGCUGGUUCCUGUUCCCCGAUAUGGUGCAUAAAAGAGUUGAAGAGAGUGUUGUCAUAACCGAUGGUUCGGAGCAAUAUCAGCGUUUUGUUGAAUUACCCCAACCGUUGACCUUUAAGGUUUACAUUUUCAAUGUGACCAAUCCCAUGAAGGUGCAACAAGGUGCCAUACCCAUAGUUCAAGAAGUGGGUCCCUAUGUUUAUAAGCAAUAUCGCAAGAAACGCGUUAAGCAUUUCUCACGAGACGGUUCUAAGAUCUCAUUUAUCCAGGAUCAAUUAUAUCUAUUCGAUCAGGAAGCAUCUAGUCCAUACCGAGAAAGUGAUAAUAUUGUGGCCUUAAAUAUGCACAUGAAUGCAUUUUUACAAGUAUUCGAAAGAGAAAUCACAGAUAUCUUGCAGGGUUUUGCAAAUCGUAUAAAUCAUCGACUAAAUCGAACGCCGGGCGUUCGUGUCUUGAAACGUUUAAUGGACCGCAUACGUGGGAAACAACCCUUUAGCUGGGUACAAAAUAUAGUAGAAACUCUUAUUAAUAGUGCAAAAUCGGUGUUGCAAAUCGGAGAAAAUGAUCCCGGGCUGGCCAUUCUUCUGGUUCAUCUCAAUGCCAACAUAAAGGCCAUUUUCAAUGAUCCCAAAUCCAUGUUUGUGAGCACAAGCGUCAAAGAAUAUCUCUUUGAUGGAGUUCGAUUUUGCAUUAAUCCCCAGGGUUUGGCCAAAGCCAUUUGCAAUCAAAUCAAGGAAGGUGGAUCCAAGACCAUAAGAGAACUAAAGGAUGGAAGUUUGGCCUUUUCAUUUUUCAAUCAUAAAAAUGGCACUGGUCGUGAAGUCUAUGAAGUCCAUACCGGCAAAGAUGAUGCCAUGCGAGUUCUGGAGAUACAAAAAUUAGAUGAUAAUCAUCAUUUGCAAGUCUGGUUGAAUACCACCGACAAUGUAGAGUCAUCGAUGUGCAAUCAAAUUAAUGGCACUGAUGCUUCCUCAUAUCCUCCUUUCCGAAAGAAGGGCGACUCCAUGUACAUUUUCAGUGCGGAUAUCUGUCGCUCUGUACAGUUAUUCUAUCAGAAGGAAGUCAAAUACAAGGGCAUUCCCGGCUUUCGCUAUUCAAUCGGCGAGAAUUUCAUCAACGACAUUGGCCCCGAACAUGACAACGAUUGCUUUUGCGUUGAUAAAUUGACGAAUGUUAUUAAACGCAAAAAUGGUUGCCUCUAUACGGGGGCCAUGGAUUUGACAAAUUGUUUGGAUGCACCCGUUAUUUUGACUUUACCACAUAUGCUGGGAGCCUCCAAUGAAUACACAAAAACCAUAAAAGGUCUAAAACCUGAUGCCAAAAUACACCAGACAUUCGUCGAUGUGCAAUAUUUGACCGGUACCCCCCUGCAGGGAGGCAAACGUGUUCAAUUCAACAUGUUCUUGAAAAGCAUCAACCGUAUAACUAUAACGGAAAACUUAACCACAGCUUUAAUGCCCGCAAUUUGGGUUGAUGAGGGCAUUCAACUGAACGAUGAAAUGGUGGCAUUUUUCAAAAAACGUCUCAUCAAUACCUUGCAAACGUUGAGUAUUGUUCACUGGGCUGCGUUUCUGGGAGGCUUUGGUGUAGCAGCGAUAUGUCUAAUUUAUUAUGUGGUCCAUCGGCGACAACCGGCAGUAGUAGUAGCCGAAGCACCAUUAAAAUAAAAGAAGAAUCUUCGAUAAAAUAAGAAAUUAUUACUAUGGCUUAUUUAUUCAAUGAAUGGGUGCCGUUGCCGCCAUGUCAAUUAGAGAUGAGCACAGAGGAUGGAUGCAUGCAAACAACGCAAAACUUUAAUGCUUAGCAUAAUACAUGGGAUACAUAUUGUUAAAAAUGUAUUUUAUUAAUUAUUGUUAAUAAUUGCUGGCUUUGUUUUCGAUUAUGGUUUUUUUUUGCAAUGAUUCUACACUUUCGCAGCUUAGGCAUGCUCUCCUCCAUCAUAUUCUUGAUUGUUUUUGUUGUUAUUAUGUGAAUUUUUUAAUUAUUUGUUAAGAGUUUUAAGUUAACAAGCGCAACACCAAGAAGGAAGCAUUUUCAAAUAUGUCUUAAAUUGUUGUGUGAA